AUGGAAGGAACACCUUUGGUUUCUGGCGAUGAAUCUAGCUGGACCGAUGCAGAUAUUCAGCUCUACUUUCGUUCAACUCUUCCUUUAAAAAAGAGAAGUGCUAUUGUUAGAAAUAUUUACCAGAGACUGAAGAAUUAUAUAUACUCGUCUAUAUCUAUAAAUCUAGUAUGGAAUCAUAUACAAGAUUUCUUUUCUGUGCGAACAAAUAACCGAGAUUUGCGGGUGUUGGCAUAUAAUCUAAUGGAAAGGUAUAUUUAUACGCAAAAGGAGCUGUCUUUGAUGGAAAGAUACGUGUUCUUUCAGUCCAUUGAACAGAAUGAGUUUCAUGAUCUGGCAGAGCUUCGACUAAAGCUCAAAACCUCAAAUGUUUUGACGCAGGAGGGACAUAAGGUAUCUGGAAUUGAAAACAAAAUUUGUCCUUUGCUAGCGACGUGGUUCAUUCAAGCUCACCAGCUUCAAACAAAACUCCCUGAAGAGCGGGGUCCUCUCAAGGAAGAAGGUUUGCUGCUUUUGGCAGAGUUAUUUAACUUUUCUAGUAAUUUGGUAAAAUUCCAAUUUUAUAGGGUUCCUGAGCGCCACGCACUUUUGCUCAUUAAUUCAGUCGUUGAAGUCUGCAACCGAACUCCCUUAACAGAGGUAGUUGAAAAAACAUUACUUCUUUUUGACGCUCUUGUCCGUUACUCUUCUGUUCCUGGAUCUGCUGUAAAUGAUAUGGUUAUUAUUUUAUGCAGCGCUUUUGUUAGUACAUUUUCCUAUUCCAAGCUGGCCAACUCAGUCGUUGUUAAUUUGUUCCAAAGCCAUAUUUCCCACAUUGUCUUUGAAGUUAUUGUAGAUAUUCUGCGAAACUUAAGGACAAAUGUGAACGCUGUUCGUGGUGCUGUUCGUCUUAUGCGUUUUUUUGUCUUGCACGAGUCAAGUAUAGAACCUAUGACAUCUUUUACUUUAAGUUCCUCCAUAAAAUAUACAGAACUUCCUUUGGGCUAUCACGAAAACAUUGAUUUUGAGAUCCUUGGAACCGUUUUCUUAUAUUUACGAAAUCCUGCUAUUUGCUCCCAAUUGUCUUCGGUCGAUUGGAGACGUAUUUUUAAUAUCCUAACAUUUUCUUCAAGUUAUUUACCCUUAGAAUUAUCAGAAUCCAAAAAGUCGAUUAAUUAUGCUACCGCCUUUGCAAAUUUAUAUGACCGAAUAUUGGAUGUUUUGGAGAUUGAUGCUUUUACACCUUCGUUUAUCUUUUUUGAAGAAAAUCUUAUUAGAUUCUUUUAUAAAAUACUUCCUCUUUUGAAGGCCCCGAUUUUAAAGAGACUUGUUCAGUACAUAGAUGUCUGUAAUCUUACUUGCCCUUCAAGCUCUUAUUGGACUACUAAUCUUUCAUUUUUAUACAAAGUAAGUCGGACUGACUUUCUUUCUGAACAAGAUCAGGCGAAUGUUUUGAAGAUGAUUCAGAAAACUUGCUCAUUACUGGAUAACCAUUCUGUGCCAGAGUUUUAUAGAGUUUUUCUUCUUCCAGCCUUAAAUAACGUCGAUAACUCAAAAGAUGAGGGUUUAAUUGCUCCUUUAUAUAAUAUGCUCUUUUUUAUCCAUACUAAUCAUUCUUUUAUUGAGUUAGAGGAUAUAAUAACGCUUUAUCAGCAAAUAAUUCAUUCCUCCAAUAGUGGAAAUGUAAAUGUUCGGCUUGCUACAAGCUCAUUAAUUCGCCUUUUCUAUUUUUAUUUUGAUUUGAAAUCUAAAAAAGGGGCUGCCACCCUUCUAUUGACACUUUUGUCUUUGCUGAGUAAAAGCAGCUCUCCGAAACUAAGCAGAUUAUUGUGCCUACAGUUAUUUCUUCGAUUCCGUAGGAAUGCACAAGGAAUAUAUUUGGUUGAAUACUUACACGAACAAGCUGCUUUCUCAGACUUCGGUUUGUUAGACGAAUCAACACCCUACGUCUAUCCUGUUUCAGAUUCGUUUAUCAAUGAUAUUUUAGUUGACAAACAUUGUUGGGAAAGAUCGCCUUCCGAAAUUUUUGACGAGAAGGAUGAAAGCGGGAAAGUAAGUGUAUUCACAUUCCCUGCAACUUUACUGUUAAAUGUCUACAGAGAUAUCGUCCUCAUGGAAACCGAAUGGAAUAUGUUUAGUUGUUUUAUUGCUCAUUUCCCCGAUCAGUUAAGCAACCGGAGUUUAUUUAUUCAGUCAAUUCUUCAAAUUAGGGAGUUAGUUAACAUUUUUUGUGAAUUGAUUUCUGAGCGCUUAGCACUGCCUGCUGCUGUACCUGAAGAUGUUCGGAAAGCCCACAUUAUGAUACCUCUUCUUCAAGGUGCUUUAAUGUCGUUCGGAUAUUUGGAUCAUUUCACACGGGCUGAGAAAGACGAAUUGGUUAAUGCGUUCCUACCAGGGCUUGAAAAAAGAAAUGAGGUUUGUCAUAUUUGUAUACAUGCCUUGCUAUUAUGUUGCUAUGAAAUGCCAGUGUCUAUUAGCAAACAUCUGCCAGCUAUUUUGACAAGACUGUCCAGGCUGAUUACUAAAUCAGAUUUAAGCGUUCAUAUUCUAGAAUUUUUAUCUAGUUUGGCUAGAUUGCCGGACCUUAUUGCUAAUUUCACUGAUGCUGAUUUUCGGCAAGUUUUCGGGGUUUCCUUAAAAUACAUUCAACAUUACAAUGUUACAAAAGAUGGGAGGCCACAAACAGAUGACAACGUUGUUAUCAAGCAGUCUUAUUCGAGUUAUGUGUUAGCUUUGGCAUACAGUAUUCUUCAAGUCUGGUUCCUUUCAGUACGGAUAAAUGAACGUAAAAAGUUUGUUCCAUGGAUAUUACGAGGAUUAAGUUUGGCGGCUGAAGGCCAACCUCUUGAUGAUUUGAGCUUGGUUCAGUAUGAUAUGAUGCAAAGAUUCUGUUAUUCGAACUCUGAUAUUCAUAACCAAGCACCGAGUGGUAUUGAUCCUCACAUGGAUUCACAAACCUGGAUUCGUGGAAAUUCCCUUUUUACUGUUAACGUAUCAAAGAAUUUGAACUAUAUGCAAGCUCUUGUACGUCGUCCUUCUGGUACAACACAAUAUACAUUUAGAAAUAUGGCUUAUUUAAGAAGCUGGAUGCUUGGGGAAGACUUGUCGAGUUCCAACGAUCUACCAUCUCAUAAUGGGUUUGCUCCGACGCCUAGUAGCUUUUUGUCACAUUUUUUGGAUCCACAGGGUAUUUCUGUCAAUGGUCAUCCAAUUCUUUUACCAGAUAAUGACUCCGUGCGGAGAGCGAUUAGUGUUUUUGACAGGGUUCCAGUUAUUGAAUCUCUGAAGGCUGGAGUCGUUUAUGUCGGUUAUCAACAGACUGCGGAAGCAGAUAUAUUAGCCAAUACAGACCCUUCUCACGGAUUCAAAGAAUUUCUUAAUGGUCUUGGUGUUUUCAAGGAAUUGAAAGGUAGCAAAGAACUUUAUACUGGAGGUUUGGAUCGAGAACAUAAUAUUGACGGUGAAUUUGCCUAUUAUUGGAGAGACAAGGUCACCCAACUUGUUUUUCAUUGUACAACAUUGAUGCCUACGAGCUUUGAACGGGAUCCUAGCUGCACCAUGAAAAAACGGCAUAUUGGAAAUGAUUUUGUAAAUAUUAUUUUUAACGAAUCGGGUCUAGUUUAUGAUUUUGACACUAUCCCUAGUCAGUUCAGUUUUGUAAAUAUAGUAAUAUCGCCUGAAUUUGAACCAGGUAACUCGUCAAAUGAGUCUGCCAAAUUCUAUAAAGUGGAAGCCCAAACGAAAUAUGAUAUAGAUUUUAGUCUUUUUAACAGCCAUAAGGUUGUUUCAUUGAAAUCUUUGCCUGCUGUUGUGCGAGAUGUGACAUUGAAUGCAGCAGUCUUUUCUCAUAUCUAUCAUCAGGGUGCUGGUGAUUAUGUUUCAAUAUGGACUGAGCGUUUACGACAACUGAAACGAUUAAGAGAACGGUUUUUACCUGCGCGUUUGAUUGAGGAGGAUCAUGAUGGACAGAUGCAGAUGAAAAUCAUAAAUGGCACAAACUUUUCGGAUUUCACAAGUUAUCUCUAA